GUAAUAGUUGAUUUAAAUUGCAAUUUAAAAAUCAUCAUUAUGUAUAUUGCGUCUUGGAAAUUGUAUGGUCAACUCAAUAAUAGAUGGCAUCAAUUUUUAAAUGAUUUGAUUUUGGAAAUUAUACUUCAUAACUGAAAAAAAUUCGUAUUGAACAAUUAGGAAUCUUCUUAUAGAAGUAGGUAAUUUUACUCUAAACUCUUCUCUGCAUUCAACUUCUAUUCAUUUUGUAAAAUCUUAUCUUUUUGUUUCAAUAUCUUAAUGUAUUAUAUCUGUAUUUUUGACUUCAUAUUGUUCAAAACAAAAAUAUUAAGAUUCAAAGAGAAGUCUUUAAAGUUGAAGCAUAUGAUGUUGAAGUUCUACAUUGAUUGGAUUGAAAAUAAAAAAGAAUUUCAAGUAGGAAUUUUCAUGCGGUGCGCGUCGCGACGCCAAAACGGCUCUAAACCGCGUUCCCCUCUCGAUUUCCCAUGGAUUUUCCCGAUUUUCCUGCGCACAAGCACCAGCCUGUUUAUUAUUAUGAAGCAAAACAAAUAAGAAUCAAAAAUGUUUAUUUAAAAUCAUUCUGAAUGCAUUUUUGGAUCAACAAAGGCAACCAGCAGGGGCACUAUUGGCCGAGGGCUUGUCGUUUGGUUCGUCCCCCGCCUGAAGCUGUGGCUAAUUAUCUCGCUAGACACCAGAUUAUUCGUCCGAGGGGGUUGCAUCCCAAACCGAUGGUAACACCGGUACGUCGUUUUCAGUCGCUCGAAAGUGUCUCGAACAAUGGCCUGAGACACCAUGGUAGGACUUCGCCUGGUCAACGUCCCAACAAUAAUACUAGACCCACCAUCCAUAAUAAUAUUCUUUAUUAUAACAAUGUUACAAGUAGUCGUCCUUCGAGGUUAGAACGCGAAAGGUCCCUGGACAAUGUCGAACAAACCAGUCCACAGACUCUGGACAAUAACGAGCUGGAAUCCUACAUAAGAAAAUUCAAAUUUGCCCUACUGGCUUUCGCCUUAUUCUCCAUUUGCGUCAUGUUUGGAGCAAACUAUUUGAGUUCAGGACAAUUGUGGCGUUUAGGUGUAGAAACUUUAGUCAUUAUCUCAGUGGCUUUAGUUGUACUUUUACUUGGAGGCAUUAUAAUAUUGUAUCUGGACGAAAGACAAAACAGUGCAACGACUAGUCAACAAACCCUGGAAACAACCAGCCCCAAUCAGUUGAAUAACGACUUACAAGAAAGACCAUCAGUAGAUUACCAAAGACCCACCCGAUUAUCCAUAGCGGACGUCCAAGAAAUGUCGCCUCCGCCUUAUCAUAUCGCCAUAAGAUUAGCGAAUCAAAACGAUUUGGAGGAAAUCCGGAUUUACGACGACCAAUCGCCACCGCCACCAUAUGAAAAGGCAAUUACUUAAACUCACUUGUAUUGACCAAAAAAUUAUUUCCUUACAAGACUGUUUACCACAUGCCAAAGAUUUUGUUUUAAAAGUUGAUUUUAUAUGUAUAAAGUUAUACUGUAGAUUACGGACUAAUCCAAAACAAUUUUGUAUUUCAAAAUAUAGGUAGAUAUCUUCAAAAAUGUUGAAAUUUCGACUUUAAUUUGAUCAUUUAGAGCCGAGAUUUGAGGUUGAAAUGUUUGGAAAAAUUGAAAAAUUAUAAAAUUUACUUUUUCUAUUCUUAGUGGGGUUUUAUCCCCAUAACUCCAAAUUUGAGAACAAUAACAUAGAAUAUGAACAUUCAAUACAUUUUUGGGACUAGAAGAUAAUUUAAGAAAUGGAAAGUUUAAGAAAAACUGAAAAAUGAAAAUUGGUUGAAAAGUAUAGGAAAUCACGUAUUUUCUCUAUAACCAGGCUCUUAAAUUCUCUUUUCAUGUGAAGAUAGGUACCUAACAGAAUUUUAGACGAGAUUCUAGAUGGAAAGUUUGAGAUAUUGUGCGAGGGGAAGUUUAAGAAAAAUUAAAAAAUUAUAGGAGAAAACUUGAUUGAUAAUAAUAUUUUCUCUAUUCCAGGCUGGUGAAUUUUCUUUAUUUGAAAAACUUUUGGAAAAAAUGAGAAAUUCAAGAGCCGGGAAUAGACAAAAAUUGAAACGGAGAAAAUGAGAAAGAAAAUAUAUUUUGAUAAGUGAAUUAAAAGAAAAAUUUGACAGAAAUUGUUGAUAAGUAAAAAUAUGAAUAUUUUCUUCAUUUCAGGUACAUAAUUGAAUUGUCUUUGUCUAAAGAAAACAGAAAUUUGAGUCAAAAUUGCUGGUUGCGUCCUCUACUACACUGCCACAUCAGUAGACGAAACAUUAACUCAGUGUUGCCAACCGUACUAUAAUUAUAGUAUUUGUACUAUAAUUGAAUGGUCAUGUACUAUGUACUAUCAAAAAUCAUUAUAGUACGCCUAAAAUACUAUAAUUAUAUGCAUUAUCAAAUUAUUUAGUUUUUCACUGGGAUUAUUUUCUACUGGAAAAAUUUGAACUAUGAUACGCCCCUGACUUUCCUCUUUUUUUCUAGAAAAAGUCAUAAUUUUCUCCUGAAUAGUUUUCCAGAAAAAAAAUAAAAUGUUAGAUGGUGCAUUUAAGCCUAAUUUAGUUGAUAUUCAUUAAUUUCUAAUAGGGUUGUUUACCAUUUGAAAAAUUUGAAAUUUUACUAUGAUACGCUCCUGACUUUCCUCUUUUUUUCCAGGAAAUGUCAUAAUUUUCCUUUGAAUAGUUUAUUGCAUUUAUGCCUGCUUUUGUUGAUUUUUAUUAAUUUCCAAUGGGGUUAUUUUCUAUUGGAAAAAUCUGAAAUUUUACUAUGAUACGCCCCUGAUUUUCUUCUUUUUUUCCAGAAAAUGUCAUAAUUUUCUCCUGAAUAGUUUUCCGGAAAAAAAAAAAAAUGUUAGAUGGUUUAUUUAUGCCUAAUUUAGUUGAUUUUCAUUAAUUUCCAAUGAGGUUAUUUUUCACUGGAAAAAUUUGAAAUUUUACUAUGAUACGUCCCUGACUUUCCUCUUUUUUUCCAGAAAAUGUCAUAAUUUUCCCCCCUGAAUAAUUUUCCAGAAAAAAAGAAAAAUGUUAGAUAGUGCAUUUAUGUCUAAUUUAGUUGAUUUUCAAUAAUUUCCAAUGGGGUUAUUUUCUAUUAGAAAAAUUUGAAAUUUUACUAUGAUACGCCCCUGACUUUCGUCGUUUUUCCAGAAAAUGUCAUGAUUUUCCCCUAGAUAUUUUUCCAGAAAAAAAAUAAAAUGUUGGAUAAUGCAUUUAUGUCUAAUUUAGUUGAUUUUCUUUAAUUUCCAAUGGGGUUAUUUUGAAAUGAAAAAAUUUGAAAUUUUACUAUGAUACGCUCCUGACUUUCCUCUUUUUUUCCAGAAAAUGUCAUAAUUUUCGCUUAAAUAGUUUUCUAGAAAAAAAAUAAAAUGUUAGAUGGUGCAUUUAUGCCUAAUUUAGUUGAUAUUCAUUAAUUUCCAAUAGGGUUAUUUUCCAUUUGAAAAAUUUGAAAUAUUACUAUGAUACGCCUCUGACUUUCCUCUUUUUUUCCAGAAUAUGUCAUAAUUUUCUCCUGAAUAGUUUUCCAGAAAAAAAAUAAAAUGUUAGAUGGGGUGCAUGCCUAAUUUAGAUGAUAUUCAUUAAUUUCCAAUAGGAUUAGUUUCUAUUUGAAAAAUUUGAAAUAUUACUAUGAUACGCCUCUGACUUUCCUCUUUUUUUCCAGAAAAUGUCAUAAUUUUCUCCUGAAUAGUUUUCCAGAAAAAAAAUAAAAUGUUAGAUGGUGCAUUUAUGCCUAAUUUAGUUGAUUUUCAUUAAUUUCCAAUGGGGUUAAUUUUCACUGGAAAAAUUUGAAAUUUUAGUAUGAUACGCCCUUGACUUUUCUCGUUUUGCUCAGAAAAUUUCAUAAUUUUCGUUUGAAUAAUUUUCUACAAAAAAAAAAAAAUAUUAGAUGGUGCAUUCUUGCAAUUUCUUGACUUAAAGAACUUCCAAAGUAAACUGCAGUGUAUUCAAAAGGCACAAGUAUAAUAUCAAAGUGCUCAUAAAGCUUACUCCUAAUUUCAAGUCCUUUGGACACACUACAGGUCCUCAAAACUGGCUGUUUUAGUACUUUUAGCACCGAUUUGAGAACACAACUCUGUACUAGAAGUCCUAGAACAGUUAUUUUAUAGAGCACAGAGAGUAUUUCAACCCCAAAUGGAGUAAAUCUGCUCCUGAUUUCAAGGAUUAAAAUUUGCUCCACUAUUCCAAUAAGUCGUUUUGGAUUAGUUCCAUCAUAAAAUAAUGUAUUUUUACAAUAUAUUUUAAUAUAAAUCGAUAUAUUUGUAAAAUAUUCGUGCCCUUGCCCAGUCUUAAAAAAAAAUAUAUUAUAAAAUUAACUGCAAAUUUAUUAAAUUAUUAUUAUUCCCUUAACAAUAAGGUAUAUAUUUAUAAGAUAAUUUUGUUAUUGUGACAAUCAUUAUUAAAAAAAACAAAGCAUUAUAACCAUCUCUCUCUUCCAACAACUGUUAGUAAAUAAUAAUAAUUAUAUUGUUUUAUUAAUUAAAAAUAAAUAAAUCACAAAACAAAAUAUAUUCAAGUAUCACUAUCACUACUGUCCCCUAUAACCUCAUUGCAUGCAGUGCAAGUAAUAUCAGGCGUAGCAGAAGUAGAAGGCACCAUGUCCCGAUAAAUAGCAAAACUGUGUCCAUCUAAAAGUGCCGGCAGUUGCCUGUAAAUCCUUUUAAUUUUUUUGUGCCUUGCAGAAAAACAUUUGGACGCCCCCGAUAGCGUCACUUCAUCCUCGAUUUCAGCAAGUCUUUUCCGUUCCAGAGCUUCUUUGCAAGGUUUUGGCUUCAACCAGAAAAACUCUUUUUCGUAGAGCUUAGUCAGACCCGGUAUGAGUUUGUAUUGAUUAUAAACGCUUGGGAUGUUCAUUAUUUGAUUCAAACAACUCAUUUGCAAAGUGGCUGCUUUUGAAAUUGCACAGGUGAUUCUUAUGGAGGAUUGAGCAGCAGUUGACGAUACCAUUGGAUAAAGGACUUUGUCUUUUAGGUUUUUGAAGGCAAUGCCUAAUGGUUUUCUAUUGAAAUAGUAUUCCAAAGUGCCUUGACACAUAUCUAAGUGUACACCAAUAAUACUGCCCAAGCCGUAUUCAGAGCCGUAUUUUCUUUUGAGGUUGUUAUGCUGUAUGUAGCCUUGGUAGGAGUAGCCCCAGGAUUCGGCACUUUUGCCUAGUAGGCUACAAAAUUGGAAACGGCAAUCUUCUGAGGUCAUUUUUGAGGUUCCAACUCCAAUCAUAACAUCAGUACCGUACAAGCGAGAAACUACUUUAAUUUCCCAAUAGUAAUGGAAAUUUUGUUGGAAAGAGUGCUGGCCACGAACCAAAGCAGUUCCUGAACUGUAGGUAGGAUGAAAUAAUACUUCUUUGUUGCCUUUGUAUACAUUAAUGUUUUUGGCUUCUGUGUUUUUUUGCCAGGCCCAAUCAAAUAAAGCUGUAUCUUCACCGCAACUGCAUUGCAGCUU